AUGAAAAUAGUUGUUAAAUAUUUCUAUACAAUUUGUUAAUAAGAAUAAAGAAAAGAAACAAUUAGAUAAAUGAUAGCUGAAUACUUUGAUGAAAAUAUAGAAUUUGAUAAAGAUAUUUUUAAGGAUUAUUAAGAAUUUUUGCAAUUCAUUUUUCCUUUUCGACCAAAGAGUCUAAAUAAAUUAGGAGAAACAAAGAAUAUUAAAAUGUGUAAUAUUCUUAUAUCAGAAUUAAUUGAGACUUAAUAAAUAAUGGAUACUAUGUUAUUUGAGUAAAGAAAAGAUUUAAGUUAAUAAGACAUAUUACAAAUAUAUAAGGAAAUUGAUUCAACAUCUGAUGGUUUCAUAGAUGUAAUCAAAUUAAAAAAAUACCUAUAUUAAUAAUUUAACUAUAAAACUUCAAAUGAUGAUUUAAUUUAUAUAUUUCGAAGAAUGGACAAAGAUGAAGAUGGAUUUAUUAGUAUAGCAGAAUUUAUAGAUGAAUUUACUUUCGAGAAUUAGUAGAUUUCCUAGAUGUCAACAAUGGCCUAAACGAGAUAACAAUCAUAAACAUCAUCUUAAACAUAAUUUGUACCUCCUUAUUCUGAAGAUUGUAAAGAAUUUGCAUUAUUUAUUAAUAAAUUGCAUAAUAUUACAGUUAUUGAUGAAGAGGAGUUACUUAAAUUGAAAAGAUAAUUUAUAAAAUAAAAAAAGCAAUCUUUUUUUAAUUUAUUUGAAGCUAUUGCCCAUUCCAUUUAUUUAGAUAAACGAGAUCUAAGUAAUUUAUUAUCAUAGUAAUAAUUUUAUUAUAUUAAGUUUUAAAAUAAGUGUAAAUAAUGAUUUAGUGAGGAUUUGCAAAUUAUUCAAUAAGGAUAAUCCAGAUUAAAUAGAUUUUUAGGAUUUUCUAAAAUUUUUUACUUUUUGA